AUGGCUGACCUUGAGGACCCUCAGGUGAUGCCUGAACUCAUAACCUUCCUCUCUUCUCUUCUUCAGAGAAUAGCUGAGAAAAAUGAUCUGAACCGUCCGUUGAACACCCAGAAAAUCUCAGUCUUCCAUGGCCUAACCAGACCCCCCAUUUCCAUUCAAUGCUACCUCCAGAGGAUCUUCAAGUACGCCAAUUGCAGCCCUUCAUGCUUCAUUGUCGCUUACGUUUAUCUCGACCGGUUCGUGCAGAAGCAGCCAUUGCUGCCGAUCAAUUCUUUUAAUGUUCAUCGGCUGCUCAUUACAAGUGUCCUUGUUUCUGCAAAGUUCAUGGAUGAUGUGUUUUACAACAAUCGUUACUUUGCCAAAAUUGGGGGAAUCAGCACAAGAGAGAUGAACCUACUUGAAGUGGACUUCUUAUUUGGGCUGGGCUUCCAGUUAAAUGUGAGCCCAACCACAUUCCAGACUUACUGUUCUUAUCUCCAAAGAGAGGUGUUGCUGGGGUCUCCUCCUCUGUAUUUGGCACCAGUACCAUCUUCACUUGAAAUAGAAAGAACUGUAAUAAGAGAUGAUUCCACACAUCAACAGCAAUUAGCUGUUUGA